AAGCUCAUAAAUGGACCUUGGACAUGGUAAUGCUGAAUACUUCAAUGUUUUUGCAUGUAGAGAUGGCAGAUUUGAGCUGGGCCGGUGUGUGCUGGGGCAGAAGAGGACUUAGCAUCCUGCUGCUCUUUUGGAUUUUAGUCCCUCCAUUCCUCAUGCAGCCUCCUCUCCCUCUCUCCCUGCCCGUCCACAUGUCGGUUGUCCCUCCGGCCUGGCAGUUCCUCCCUCUAUCUCAGGUGGAGCUGGGCCCUCUUUUCUCCAACUUCACCCCCUUCUCCUCCUCCCAAAGCCUCUUCAUGGUAAGCCCGCCUGGUAAUGCGCCCACACCAGGUUUCCAGGCUUCAUUUGGCCCUUACUCAGUUACACAGCUCCUAUCAGAGCCUCUCCUCCCUCUGUCUCCCCUUCUGUCUGCAUCUCUCCUCUCAGAGCAUGUGGAGAGCGAAAGGGAUAAGAGCGGCCACGCGAGGUUCAGGGUGAGGACACUGUUUCACAAGCAAGGUGAAAACAGCACCCAAGGGACGUGCGUCACCCUGCAUGCCUUCAAGGAGACUGAGGAGCACAAAGCCUCGUGUAUCACACAGCCUCCACUCGGGCUCUGCGUGGUAACUCUCACACUGCCUAGGGAUUGGUUUGAGGAUCAACACACUAACCAAUCACAUCAGGAUAUGGAAAAGUGGCCCAGUAACACCUACCACCGCCGCUGGAUGCAAACCCGAGAACGGCAGCGGAGAGGGCAUCGUCGCGGCAACGUGGCCAACCAACCAAGAUACCCUCUAGGUUUUGAUGAGGACACUCUGGGCCAUUUUCCAUGGGCCCUCAGAUACCAACGGGCUCCCAUCACAAACCAAAUACAACUUUACUACUCCUCCUCCGACACCGUGACUGACCUAGAUCUGACACCACCAAGAUGUGUGGAGGACAGAGGAGCCCAGUCCCAGAGGCAGCUCUUCCACAUCAAAGCAGUGACUCUGAACGAGGAAAAGAGAAAGCAGAGCAGGACCAAAGAAGAAGAAACAUGCCUGAACACGCAGGAAGAGGAAGAGCUUAGCCUGGACCCCCAUGUCAUGAUUCGCUAUCACAGGGGUCCUGUCGUGAUAGGACAGCCCAUCCGAGUGUCUUUGAAUCUGAGAGCUAACUUCAGUGGGGAGUUUGUUGUCAUAAGGCUAAAAGUGAAAAAAGGCUUGGUGUCAAUGGUGGCCCAGAAAACUCUGACCUCUGACCUGUGGGCAGUGACCCUGGAGCGAAGCCAAGGCUCCAAACAUGACGUUGUGACCAUCCUGUGCCACAAACACAGCACACACAGGCACACACACAAUCCCACAUCACUACACCAGGUGGUUUGUCUGUCAGUCCACGGCCUGAGGCGAAGCUUUGGUGUCGCAAUGACGGUGUCUGCUAACUGGUGGGUGGAGUUCUCCGGGCAUGUAAAGCCCUUAUGGCCACAUGGAGCAGCAGUGAGCAUCUUCUCAUUUGCUGAUCGACACAUCUUCAGCAUCGCCCCCAUCACAGAGAGUAACACGAUCAUCAACACAGCCAUACUGACCAACCAGCCAGUGUCACUUCCUGUCAUUGUGCUGGCCAUAGACCAUGCUGGGAAGGUGUCAGAUGUCACCUCUGCAGUCACGUGCCACUCUACCAACGAGAACACUGUUAAGGUGUCCACCGAUUGUUCCACCCUGUUUGUGGAUGGCAGCGAAUCGGGGCUGGGUAACACCUGUGCAGUGGUGGAGUUUCUACUGGGUGUGCUUCGGGGCUCCGUGUGUGUGGAGGUGUGGGCUCCUUCAGUGCCCCUGCAAGUGUCCUUAGCAGACCCUGUUCUCAACGUCAUCGAUGGCUGGAGCCACUUCACAAAGACAGGGUGUGUACCGGUGUAUCAACGCUCCUCCCUUCAGGUUCUGACUCGGUUCACAGCUCAGGAUUCUCAGGGGAGAACCACACACCUCCUGAGCUCAUCCGAUUGGUUCGUGGAUGUCACAGACUUGGUCCGUAACUGGCUGAGAGUAGAAGACCCUCGAGUGGCUUCCCUCGGCGCCCACAACGACCUGAUUGGUUUACAUCCAGGAAAGACGUCACUCCAUAUCGUCUCCGAGCAGUGGGAUGGCGUGCUGGGGAGAUGUGACAUCACUGUGACCUCUGACCCCGUAACUCCUGGGGACCUGUCUGUGCAAGUGGUCAGUGGCCUUGGCAUGUCAGUCACUGCUAGCCCAACACAUCCUUCCAUUGUAACAACGACAGUAACUGCCUACAACAUCCUCUACAACCGCCAUCAGGAAGCUUCCAUCAGUGUCUGGCUCCAAUUCAGCGAUGACACCGCCUCCCUCCUCUCCUCCUUUAGUGACCUCCCCUUCUUUUUACGUCUCUCCUCAUUGGCUGAGACGGUGGUUGUUGUGAUGCCCGGUUCCAGCCCACGCAUUUUGGCCCAAGGGGAUGGAGGCGGGCCUUUACUGCCUGCAGAACUUUUGGUUUCAACCUGCACUGACAAGCCAAUCACCUCCAACUCCAUCAGUGAUAGGGAUUGGACGGUAACCGGUGGAGGAAGCGGGACCAGGAGGCUGGCAAAGGGAUCUGGUUGGAUAAGAGUCAACCUAGACUUCCUGCAGCCAGAAGGGGAUAAGGACGAUGAUGUGGACAGGUUUGACCUCGACUUUUCAGGCACGCCGGAUGAAUCCGACAGCAUCUAUGCAUCAAACUUUGAUGAGGCCAAAGGUGAGAAAGAAAACAGUGACUAUUAUGACAAAAACAGUGGGAAGAGACCUGAUAGGCACUGGAACCAGGUGGGGUAUGGAGAGAUGGUCAGACGGAACAAUCUAGAAAGAGCUAUGCUGAUGCCCAGCCAGGAGGAGGGCGCCGUGUACUUCUCCCCCAGCCAGGAGAAAGACGGAAAGGGGGAGGAGGAGGCGGAAGGGCAAGGAGCUAGAGAGCUUGAGGUAGGACUGGGUGCUGUCCUCUCUCUGCUCGGUCUCUGCGCUGUCCUCUUCUUGGCAAACUGUCUGCCCUGUGCCCUGCGAGACCGGAAGAGGACAGCCCUGGAGAAAGAGAGGGAGGGAGAACUGGAGGGAGCUACAAGAGAAGAUGAGGAAGACGAGUGGAAUAAAAGAGACUGUGAAGUGCAGAUGAAGCAGCAGGAUGAGACGAACAACAUUGAGUUAGAUAAAGAGGUAGAGAUCAUUUGCUGAAGUAUGCACAGGCCCAGCUGAACUGUAGCUCAAACCUGGACUCAGAAGUAACAGAAAGGUCAUCAAGGUAAUAGCACACUAUGUUGCUGUCAUAUUACACUAAGAGACCAUUGGAUGUCCCCUCUAAAAGGACAUUCCCACACAUUACAUAGAGGGAAUCAUAUUUCCUUCUAAAGUAAAAAACAACAAAAUACUUUUUUAUCUUAAACUACUGUUAAUCUUCCAUGCCAAACUAAACAUAUUUUGGCUUGAGAUGAAGACAUUUGUGAAACAGGCCACAAACGCAACAAACGGACAGAAGACAAACAUUCUGACCUGUCCUCCACCCUCACCUCCUCUCGAUGUCAACUAUUAACUUUGUCUGUGAUACAUCGAAAGCAAAUGUGUUUCCCUCCUAAAGUAUUUUGCAAUGCAGUUGUGUUGUGUUGAAUGGUGAUGUCAUUUGUAGAAGACCGUGUUUAGCAAGUUAGGCAGUAAGUAUCAGGCUGUAUAUAUGAAUAUUGGGGCACUUGAAAUGAAUAGCUCAUGUCUGCUCACUUUUUUCACCAGAUGGAAGAGAUCAAUAUUUAUGAUUGUAGGAGAUGGGAGAGAAGGCUUUGUUUAAUAUAACUUGACAACAUGAGUUCCUUGGGAUGCCUCGCAAAUCAUCCUGAACAUCAGUUUGCCCACA